AUGCCCCAUGGCACAUUUAUCUUCGCACCGGACCCUGUAUACAGCUGGUAUCUCGCAGCAACUGCAGCCACCAUUUGUAUGUCAUGGUCUUUGCACAACAUCAUUACGUGGAUGAAGAACCGGCCCUUUUUGUCCCGCAAAGGAUCCAUUUUCUAUAUCGGGACCGUGAUACUUGUGCAACCGUAUUGGGUGGUAGAGAUCUACGCGAACUUCACUUAUUUCAAUAAUAUCAACAAUAUAUUCCAGAUAACCAGACCAUUGGAGCCCCUCUUUCGUGAUCCUUGGUGGGUCUUCACCACUUGCCACCUGUUCUACAUCAUCAGACGACAAUAUAGCCUUCGAAUCUUCGAGCUAGUGACGAUUAGCCCGCGUUUUGGGAUCCUGCUAGUUUCGAUGUGUCUAUCGCUUGUGUUCACUGUCCUCGAUGCAUGCAGCGUUUUGGGCGCCUUGCCAUUAAGUCUGCCAAAAGGCGCGGGACCUUUCUGGAGACUAUCAUUCAUUUUCAAAUGCCUUUGCGACAUCAUUAUUCUGGACGACUUCAAGGCUGCGCUUGACCGAAUACGAAGCAAUUGGUUGCAAAAGACACUGCCGUGCAAUUUGGUUUGCAGAGGACCAACCGACGAUAAUGAGACUCCAAUACAUCUGGAAGAUAUUGAGGCAGCU